GUCGAGCGGAGGUGUUUACAUCCUGCACACACUCGCAUCCUCAAUUUAUAACACACACCUUUAACUCACAACACAGCUCAGUGUAUGGACAUCGUCAUUACUGACACUUCAGACAUGGUGCAUAACUCUACAUAUGGGUUCUGGGUGUUCCAAGGUUCCUCUGGGCUGUGGGGUGUGUUAGCAGCGAUCGCUGUGCUUCUGCUGUUGUCUUUCUGCUGCAACAUUUUAUGCUGUGUACAAAAACGCCUCACAGCUAAAGGGAAACAGUUUCUACCCCGAUUCAGAAGGAGUGUAAGCCUGAAAAACAGAGAGAUGGAGGAGAACCCAAUUUACGGCAACAUCACCUACACACAUACACACAGCGAUGAUAAACAGGAAGUGGAAUCUCCAGCCAAGCAGCUCUCCUCUGCUCGAGACUGCUAUGCCAACCUGAGCCUGAAAGCUCCUAAACCAUCAGCGGGUCGUGCAUCUCCUCUGAGUAAGAUUCAGUACUCAGAUGUUCUGGUGAUCUGUGAGGACCCGGAGGAGAAGGAUGAGGAGGAUAAAGACUCCUGCUCUGGUCUCUCAGAUCUGUAUGCCUCUGUGGAUGCAGAACGCAUCAAGAGCAAGAAGGAGCAGAGCAACGAGCCAUACGCCAAUCAUGUUUGAGAUAUGUGGACAUGCCCACCUGUUAUUAACCUCUAAUAAACCUGCGUAUGUCACAGUUCAGACCAUUAAUUCAGUUUGAUCACCACCAUCAUCAUCACCACCACCAUCACCACCAUCAUCAUCAUCAUCAUAUCUACCAUCAUCAUCACCACCACCAUCACCACCAUCAUCAUCAUCAUCAUAUCCACCAUCAUCAUCAUCAUCACCAUCAUCACCAUCAUCAUCAUCAUCAUCAUCAUCAUCAUCAUCAUAUCCACCACCAUCAUCAUCAUCAUCAUCAUCAUCAUCAUCAUCAUAUCGACCACCAUCAUCAUCAUUACCAUCAUCAUCAUCAUCAUCAUCAUCAUCAUCAUCAUAUCCACAACCAUCAUCAUCAUCAUCACCAUCAUCAUCAUCAUCAUAUCCACCACCAUCAUCAUUGUCAUCGUCAUCAUCAUCAUCAUCAUCAUCAUCAUCAUAUCCUCCACCAUGAUCAUCAUCAUCAUCAUCAUCAUCAUCAUCAUCAUAUCCACCACCAUCAUCAUCAUCAUCAUCACCAUAUCCACCAUCAUCAUCAUCAUCAUCAUCAUCAUAAUCAAAAUCAUCAUCAUAUCCACCACCACCAUCAUCAUCAUCAUCGUCAUUGUCAUCAUCAUCAUCAUCAUAUCCACCACCAUCAUCAUCAUCAUCAUCAUCAUCACCAUAUCCACCACCAUCAUCAUCAUCAUCAUCAUUAUUAUCUUUAUCACCACAGUGAUAUACAGUAAAUAUACUAAACACACUGUAAUCUGCUCUCAAUGUGUGUGUGUGUGUGUGUGUGUGUGUGUGUGUGUGUGUUAAGACAGAAGACUGAGAAAUAAAAAGAAAACUUGUUUCCUCCAAACUCACAGAUAAUCAAAGAGAUUAAAGACUGAAUAAACCUUCAUGAUCCCA